AUGGCUCAAGAACAGUUGCGCAUCCUCAUCGUCGGCAAUGGUGGCCGUGAGCAUGCCCUGGCCUGGAAGUUGAGCCAGUCGCCCCUCGUUGACAUCGUCUAUGUCGCUCCCGGAAACGGUGGCACUGGCCUGGGUGCUUCUACCAAGAUCACCAAUGCCAACGUCAAGGGUGACGAUUACCCCGGCUUGGUGGCAUUUGCGCAGAAGAACGGUGUGAACCUGGUGGUUCCUGGCCCUGAGGCCCCUUUGGUGGAUGGUAUUCAAGGAUACUUCCAGGCUGUUGGCAUCAGAUGCUUCGGCCCCUCCAAGGCUGCUGCCCGCAUGGAGGGCUCCAAGACCUUCUCUAAGGACUUCAUGCAGCGCCACAACAUCCCCACUGCCGCCUUCGGUAACUUCUCUGACUACGAGUCCGCCCGCCGCUACCUCGACUCCGUUACCCACAAUGUUGUGAUUAAGGCCGAUGGCCUGGCUGGCGGUAAGGGUGUGGUUAUUCCCACCACCAAGGAGGAGGCACACCAGGCAUUGAAGGAGAUGAUGCUGGACCACCAGUUUGGCAAGGCAGGUGACGAGGUUGUCAUCGAGGAGUACCUCGAGGGCGACGAGCUCAGCAUCCUUACUUUUAGUGACGGCUAUACCAUUCGCUCCCUACCUCCUGCUCAGGACCACAAGCGUAUCUUUGACGGUGACCAGGGACCUAACACUGGCGGUAUGGGCUGCUAUGCGCCCACCCGCAUUGCUCCUAAGGAAGUCCGCGAUGAGAUUGACCGCACUAUCAUUCAGCCUUCCGUUGAUGGCAUGCGUAAAGAUGGUUUCCCCUUCGUUGGUAUCCUCUUCACUGGUCUCAUGAUGACCAAGAACGGCCCUAAGGUUCUCGAGUACAACGUCCGUGGUGGUGACCCGGAGACCCAGACCCUGCUGCCCCUGCUGAGCGAGGACACCGAUCUAGCCCAGAUCAUGGUUGCCUGUACCGAGCACUGGCUGGACGGUGUCUCGAUCAAGAUUGAGCCCAAGUUCUCUACCACGGUCGUUGCCGUGGCUGGCGGUUACCCUGGCUCCUACGCUAAAGGCAAGGCCAUCACCCUGGACCCUACUCCCUCCAGUGCUCUCAUUUUCCAUGCCGGUACCACUCUUUCUGGCAAUGAGCUCCAAACAUCUGGUGGUCGUGUCAUCGCCGCUACUGCCACUGCCUCAACUCUUGAGGAGGCCGUGUCCAAGAGCUACGAGGGUAUUGCUACCAUCCACUUCGAGGGCAUGUUCUUCCGCAAGGAUAUUGCCCACCGCGCAUUCCGCCAGAAUGCUGAUACUUCGCUCACCUAUGCCGCUGCCGGUGUUUCCAUUGACGCUGGUAACGAGCUGGUGAACCGCAUUAAGAGCUCUGUAGGCCGCACCAAGCGCCCCGGAACUGACGCCGUCAUCGGUGGCUUUGGCGGCCUCUUCUCUCUGGCCGCUGCCAACUCGCAAUACCACCCGCACUCGCCCACCCUGAUCGGUGCCAUUGACGGUGUCGGCACUAAGCUCAAGAUCGCCCACACUGUCGGCAUCCACGACACCGUCGGUAUCGAUCUGGUCGCCAUGAACGUCAACGACCUGGUUGUCCAGGGCGCCGAGCCGCUCUUCUUCCUCGACUGCUACUCGUGCGGCCACCUCGAUGUGGCCACCGCUGCCGCCUUCGUCACCGGUGUUGCUGACGGGUGUGUGCAAGCUGGCUGCGCCCUGAUCGGCGGCGAGACUGCCGAGAUGCCCGGUCUCUUCGUCGACGACACCUACGACGCCGUCGGUGCGGCCGUCGGCGCUAUCAACACCACUGGCGAGCACGCUCGUCAGAUCCUGCCGCACACUGACGCCAUGCGCGCUGGCGACGUCCUCAUUGCUCUCGGCUCGUCCGGCCCGCACUCCAACGGCUACUCUCUCGUCCGCAAGAUCGUCGAGCGCGCUGGUCUGGGCUUCUCCGAGCCGGCUCCUUUCUCCAUGCCCGGCCAGUCGUCCUCCGAGCCGCUCUCCCUCGGCCGUGCCCUCCUCACCCCGACCCGCAUCUACGUCAAGUCCAUCCUGGCCGCGCUCGCUACCCACGGCACUGCCAUCAAGGGUCUCGCCCACAUCACCGGCGGCGGUCUUGUCGAGAACAUCCCCCGCAUGCUUCCCGCCACCCUGACUGCCAGCGUGGACGUCCGGACCUGGGCCCAGCCCCCUGUCUUCUCCUGGCUCCAGCGCGCCGGCAACGUCUCCGCUACGGAGAUGGCCCGCGCCUUCAACUGUGGUGUCGGUAUGGUCAUCGCGGUCGACCCGGCCUCCGCAGAUGCCGUGCGCCAAACCUUCGAGGCCGCUGGCGAGGCAGUCUACACCAUUGGUGAGCUGCGAGCCCGCGCAGAGGGCGAAGAGGGCUGUGUGCUGACCGGCCUGGAGUCGUGGAGCGCAUGA